UUUUUAUAGCCACUAGGUGGCGCUUUAUCCAGCUGAAUCACCGGAGCAGUGAUCUUCACACUGUGAACUCUUCACUCUUCUCUUUUUAAUGAAGUAUUGUUGUUAUUAUUAUUAUUAUUAUUUAUCCCUGUGUGUUUGGACAUGUGUGUGAGCUGACAGCUGGACACCAGAGCUGCUGUUGUGCAGAGACCUGAGAUCCUGAAUACGGGUUUUUUUUCUCUCUCUCACACCUUCCCGCAAUCUCUCUCUCUCUCUCUCUCUCUCCUCCAUCAUCCUGCUCCAGCUUUCUGCAGCCCCUGUUCGUGCCACGAGAUAUUUUUUCUCUUAUAAUCAGAAGAUAAUAACAGCAUGGGGAUUGAGAGUCAAGCCCCGGCUCAGCCUGCGGUCAGCCUGACGCCCAGACAGGUGAAAACUUUCCAGAAGGUGGAACCCAAAGCUUUAGGGUCCAUCCAGAUCGUCAUCGCUGUUUUGUGUCUGUGCCUGAGUGUGUCCGUGCUUCAGAUCUACUACGAAGUCCACUUCACCCCUGACCUCAUCGUAGUGGUGGUGAUCGUCAUACAGAUUCUCGCCUCCGGUUCAGUCCUGAUCCAUGCUGGGAGAUUUCCUUCUCUAUUCUGGGUAAAAGCGACUCUGGCCAUUCACCUCGUAAGUGCUGCGUUCACCACGGCCACGCUGGGUCUCCUGUCUCGCCACCUUCCCUACAGACAGGACUCGUAUCACUGUGAGCACUGCAGGAGACUGGAGAUCUACGCUGUGCAACAAAAUUGUUUCAAGAAAUGCAAUUAUACAGUCGAAAGAACCUGUAAACUCUUGAUUGACGGCUUGUUGGCUACGCUGGUGCUGUUCCUGGUGGUGGAGCUGAUCGUCUGCAUCGUCACCAUUCUGUUUGGACUCAGUGUUCUGGCUAAAGGAGGCCUGCAUCUGCCCGGUGUGGUCCAGCGCAUCGAACGUCCUCCAGCUCGCCCUGCUCCUCCUCAGCCAGAGACUGCCCCUCCUCAGCAGGUGGAGGAGGUGGUGGAGGAGGUGGUGUUGGUACCUGAGGCUGCUCAUGAACCUUAUCCUCAGUCGGUAGAUGAUGCUUCUACACCUCCUACCGAACCACAGGUGGAGCCCAUUGACUCUUUAGCGGAUGUCUGAGGCUAGUCGGGGUCAUGUGACCACAUCUCCACCGCAAACAGGAGCUUUAGUCGUUCAGGGCGCUUUCUCCGAGCAGAUCGGUUUAGUUCAACAGCUAGUUAGCUUCUGCUCUCAGAACAUAUUUGAAUAACUAAAACUCCUGUGUGCUUUUUCCACCAAUCAGAGCGGAGAGUGAAGACCUGAGGCCAGAAAUGAAAUGUAUACAAUUUACAUUAGCCUCGUAGCUCCUUAUUUAUUUAUCUGUUUUCUUUACUUUUAAACUGAUUGUGAAUAAUGAUAUUAGAGCCAUUUUUUCCCCCAAAACAAAGUUUUCAAACCUGAUAAACUAAGUUUAUACCACAUUGCUGUCGAAUCCUCAAAGCUGAUUGGUCAGAAAGAUACCGAUUCCUCCGAUACGUUAUUGUUUCUAUAGCGACAGCUAUUCACGGAAAGGAGUCUCCGUGUGUAAAGCGGUAGCUUUACGCUUUACUAUUUAACUCGACGAGCUGUAUUUUCUGUCCUGUUCGUAGCUGGUUACAGGAAUUCGACACGGCUCUUGUUUCAUGAACAUUCCACGUAACUGAAAACGUACCUUUUUUUUUUUUAAAGUAAUAAUGUAAGAGGUGAGGCGUAAGAGGAGUAAAACAUUUCCUGCCUGCUGUUAUAGGAAGAUAUCAUAAUUCAAGGUGACUUCUUUUUGCUGGUGAUUUUUUUCCUGUGACAGCGCACCAUCUCCAUGUGCUUUAUUCUCCACCCACGUGACAUUUCAUAAUGAGUUACGAAAAAUCUGACCACUAAAGUCAGUAGAUUCCAGUACAUACUAUAUGAAAUACUACUUGUUUAUUUUUGUCGCUUGCACUAUAGAGUGGAUGAACAUGAUUAGCUGUGAUUAGUCGGUGUAAAGCAUAAAACCGUGUCACACUACCACUUCAGACCCUGUGUGAGGGUAUCAGGGAUCUCCAGGAACAAAGACUUGAUCAUCUGAGACAGAUCUGCUUUUAGUCAUGAUGUAACUGUCAUCCUUCACUAAACACGAGCUUGAUGAAAACGUA